AUGACUUUGCCUUCUAACGUCUGGAGGGGGUUGAAUUCAACCAAGCGCUCCUCUGGCAUUGGGAUAUCGAUUCACUUGUCUGACCCCCGGCCAUACUACACUUCCGGAGAUCAAAUCCAAGGGAGUGUUACAGUCAAUGUGGACCGACCCAUCUCAUAUAGCAGUCUGAAUCUCACAUUCGAAGGCUCAACCAAGGUGAUUCUCGGGCCAACCGACACGGUCUUACAGUAUUCAGCAGCAUCUCGAACAUUCCUCAAGCUACAUCAACCUACUGUACAGGGGAAUGGAGUACUCCAGCCGGGAAACGUCUACACCUAUCCCUACACCUAUGUCAUUCCUACCCACCUGUUGCCGAACUCCUGCACGCAUCCGACCAGCGAUCCCAGUCUGCCCGAGAAGCAGCACAUUCAGCUACCACCCACUCUGCACCUCACCAACACCUCCCGAUCCAGUUGCGAGAUUCUCUAUCUCGUGCGCUUCACUAUCGUGCAGCAGCAUAUGGCCGGACUCCCAAGCGAGUCUCUCGCCUCGCAAACCAGGGAGCUGAGGAUCAUUCCGACCACUACCAUCUCCCUGAGGACUUUCCCAAGCCUUCAGUCAGCAACACAGACCCUGCCAGAGACCCUCGACCGGCCUCCCCCGCGUUAUCGAGAACCAAAGUCUAUGAUUAUAACCACCAUCUCGACGCCUCUAGAGAUCUGCCUUCCACUCCCACCUCUCAACUCCGAUGCCACGUCCCAGACUCCUUCCUAUUCCCCCAUCGCCACGAUCCCCUUACUAGCCCGAAUAAAUCACCACACAGCGCAACAGCCCCCAGUCAUCCACAAGAUCCGACCCAUGCUACGCACGCAAACAGACUACACCACCAACCCCCGGACGACAACCGUCCCCCCGCUCACCGGCCCCGCCGCGCAGUUACGCCCGAAUCUAGGCUCGCAUGUCCAGAUUACCAUGCUACAACUACUAAGCGGGACAGAGCGUAUACGAUGGACACGACUCAGCACCAGCAAUACUGAGGCGGGUCGCGGCUGCUAUUACACGGCCACCGUCGCAGUCUCUUUCGUGCUCCCGCGCCGGAAAGCAGCCCAGCCCAGAACUCCAGUCUUGGACUUUCCGGAAGUGUCCUUCCAGUCCUGCGACGUCUUGCGGGGCCAUGUGCUGGAGCUGCAUGUCUCGUAUGGGUCAAUAGCGUGGCCGCGGAGGACUGUGCUUGAGGUUCCGGUGCGGGUGGUGUGCGAGCGGGGAUUUGGUAAUCCUCCCGAGACUUGCGUAGGUGAGGACUGGCCUAUUGGUUUGUGUGAGGGGGAUGAGGGAGGGCUACUGCCUAGUUAUGAGGAUGUGGUUAGGGGUGGGAUGGGAGGAUGA